AUAUAUAAUUUUGGGUUUUUUUUUGGCAGAUACAUUACUCCUCCCUCACAGUAGUUGGGAUGUAUUGACAGCGAUAAAUGUAGGACUAUCUCCAUCAGUUUACAAGAGAAGACAAGCAUCAAAUCAUCAGGAAGAGGUGAAAUCUGUAAAGACUGAGUUUAUUAAAGAGGACAGAGAGAAGAUGAGCGAUCCAGAGCCCUGCAGAAUCAAACACACUGAAGAUACUCAAGGACAAACAGAGCGGAUGGAAGGGAACGAGGAGAGUGAAGAACUGAGUGAAGUGGAGGAGAAACACCAUGACAAACCUGGAGAAAAGCCUUUAAGUCUCUUAAAUACUAAUAAGACAUUUUUUAAGAAAAGUAGAGCCAAGAAAUCUUUCACCUGCACUCAGUGUGGAAAGAGUUUCUCAAUGAAUGACUGUCUUGUGCGUCACAUGAGAGUUCAUACUGGAGAGAAACCAUACACAUGUGAUCAGUGUGGGAAGAGCUUCACACAAUCAGCACACCUUAAGAGACACAUGAACAUCCACACUGAAGAGAAGCCGUUCACAUGUGAUCAGUGCGGGAAGAGCUACGUAGAAAGAACAGACCUUAAGAAACACAUGAGGAUCCACACCGGAGAACAGCCAUAUGCAUGUGAUCAGUGCGGGAAAGGAUUCUCAAUCAAAGCAGGUCUUAAGAUUCACAUGAGGAUCCACACUGGAGAGAAGCCGUUCACGUGUGAAAAGUGUGAAAAGAGAUUCUCAAUUAAAACAAAUCUUAAACUUCACAUGAGGCUCCACACCGGAGAGAAGCAAUUCGCAUGUGAUCAGUGCGGAAAAACAUUUUUCUUGGCUUCAUACCUGAAGAAACACUUGACAGUUCAUAUGAAGGAGAAGCCACAUUCAUGUUCUGAAUGUGGAAAGAGUUAUUCACUUCCUCAAAGUUUAAAAGUACAUCAGAAAAUACAUACUGGUGUGAGAGAGUACAUGUGCUUUGAGUGUGAGAAGACUUUUAUUUCAGUGAGCUAUUUAAAAGUGCAUGAGAGGAUUCACACUGGAGAGAAACCAUACAAGUGUUCACACUGUGACAAGAGAUUCAGUGUGUUAGGAAAUCUGAAAUCACAUGAGAGGAUCCACAGCAAAGAGAAGCAACACACAUGUGAUCAUUGCGCAAAGCGUUUUGUUUAUAAAAGUCACCUAAAGAAACACAUGAAGAUCCAUGCAGUGGAAAAAGCACUUAGUGGAGAAACCAGUUAGUUUCCUAACAGUCAUGAUGAGCGACAGGAUGUUGGUUGAUUGGUAUCUGUUAACUCCUGUUC